GCAGAUCCAAUGGGCAUGCAGCGCGCGCAGAUGUCCCGGGCUAGCGGGCCGUGACUACGCAGGGCGGAGACGACCGGGACCUUGUGGCGCUGUGGUGUUUUUCUUGUUAUAAGGCUAGAACAUCACAAAGCACAUAUCAAUGAAUCAGCAAGAUCUAGAUCCAGAUAGUACUACAGAUGUGGGAGAUGUUACAAAUACUGAAGAAGAACUUAUUAGAGAAUGUGAAGAAAUGUGGAAAGAUAUGGAAGAAUGUCAGAAUAAAUUGUCACUUACUGGAACUGAAACACUCACUGAUUUAAAUGCUAAGCUAUCAUUAUUAAUUAUGCAAGUAAAAUGUUUAACUGCUGAACUCAGUCAAUGGCAGAAAAAAACACCUGAAACUCAUGGGAAUGUCUUUAGAAAGCUGACAUUCUCUAUUCAGAUUCAAAUAAUUCCUUUGACUGAAGAUGUUCUCUUAACAUUAGGAAAAGAAGAGUUCCAAAAAUUAAGACAUGAUCUUGAAAUGGUACAAUCCACUAUGGAGUCAAAGAAUGAAAAGUUAAAGGAAGACUUAGAAAGGGAACAACGGUGGUUGGAUGAACAGCAGCAGAUAAUGGAAUCUCUUAAUGUACUACACAAUGAAUUGAAAAAUAAAGUUGAAACAUUUUCUGAAUCAAGAGUCUUUAAUGAGCUGAAAACUAAACUGCUUAAUGUAAAAGAAUAUAAGGAGAAACUCUUGAUUACCUUGGGUGAGUUUCUAGAAGACCAUUUUCCUCUGCCUGAUGGAAGUGUUAAAAAGAAAAAGAAAAACAUUCAAGAAUCAACUGUACAGCUGAUAACACUGCAUGAAAUGUUAGAGAUUCUUAUAAAUAGAUUAUUUGAUGUUCCACAUGAUCCAUAUGUCAAAAUUACUGAUUCCUUUUGGCCACCUUAUGUUGAGCUGCUUCUGCGUAAUGGAAUUGCCUUGAGACAUCCAGAAGAUCCAACCCGAAUAAGAUUAGAAGCUUUCCAUCAGUAAAGGGAUGUUUUCUUUUUUCACACAGUAAAAAAUCUUAACAUUCAAGUAUAUUGGAACCACAGGACUAUUUGGAUAAAAAACAUUAUUUGCAAAUUAAUUCACAUAGUCCAUCUUCCUUUUAUUGUUAAGUGACAUACGCUGCCAUCUGUUAUUCACUUUUACAUUGUCCUUUCUUAUUCAGUCAGUGCUUUGGUGUUUUAAAUUAUAUGGAUAAGAAUGCAGGUAGAUAUUGUUCUAGACAUAAAACAUUUAAUAUACUUUAUGCAAUAUUCUUUAGAAAAUUAUUUGUUAAUUUAUAAUAUUGCCAAUAUUUUCUUAAGAAGUAUAACAAUACCUUUUAUGCAUUUUAAGUUCCAAUUGGUGCUUCUUUAUAUUUAGAAAUUAUAAUGGGAAGGUCAUUUAAUUUG